AUGAAGAGUUCCGGUAUCUGCAGGCUUCUGGGCGUCGUGGCAUCAUCUGCCAGCCUCGCUCAUGCUUUGCCACAUUACUCAGACGUUGUGGAGGUUGAGUCCAGGUCUCUUGACCAGAUCUACGCUGCCGCAAAGCAGGAAAGUGGCCCUUUACAAGUGUUCUGGGGAGGCGAUGCUGGCAGCCAGGGAGACGGGACGAGAGCGGCGUGGGCUGCCCGGUUUCCCGACCUCCCGCUCAAUCUGACUGUUGACCUCUCCAAAUACCACAACAAUCGCAUCGAUCGGGCUCACCUUCAGGGACUGCACGUUGCUGAUAUCGCCAAUCUUCAGACUCUCCAAGAUUUUCCUCGUUGGAAAGCAGAGGGCAAGCUAGUGAAGUACAAGCCAGCCAACUUCGAAGAUAUCCUCGGAAGCGAGAAGGACUUUGAAGGAGCAUACGUCCCUACUGGGAUCAAUAGCUUUGGCACUUUCGUCUACGAUUCCACCAAGAUCAACGCGUCUUCCGUCCCUAGAUCCUACGCCUCCCUUACAGACCCCAUGUUCAAGGGCAAACUCAUUGUCACUUAUCCGAAUGAUGACGAUGCUGUUGCGUACCUGUUCUCUCUGAUCGUCGACCGUUAUGGUUACCAAUGGCUCUACGAUCUCGCCCAGAACGACGUCCAGUGGGUUCGUGGCACAGGUUCACCAAUGCUGCUGCUGAACGCACUCCACAACUCCACCUCCAGCCGUGCCCUCUCCUUCACAUCGUAUUCGAACGGUCAAGAAUGGGUGGGCACCAAGGUUCCAGAGGCGCCCGAGCAGUACAUGAGCUGGGCGCAAACGGGCGCCAUCAUCGAAGGCACACCGCGACCGGAGACGUCAAAGCUGUUUAUUAGCUGGCUCACGAGCUUCCAGAGACAAAAUUCAUCUCAUGCCAGUGGUAACACGAUUCUGAAGAGUUUGAACACACUUCACGGCGCGGAUCCUUUCGGAAACAAUGCGACGCAAAUUUCUGGUUUCAGGAGGUUUGAACAAGACCGAGCAGGCGUGGAGUGGUGGAAGAAUCUAUACGAGGAGGUUCUUGGAACACCACAGGGUCUGGGACCUUUGGAAGUCUACCCGAAUGCAUGA